AUGGCGCUGACGGCGCCUGUGAAGCGGGAGGCGUUCGGAUCAACGUGGUUCGGUCCGUUGGAGGCAGUACAAGCGUGCGCCAAGCUCGCGUUGUCGGUUGUUGAGCAUAUUUACGACAGAGAACGUCCUGACGAAGAGAAAAAGGUUUCAAACGGCCGAGAGCGUGGUCAGGCAGAGUGGACUAUUGAGCACCUGCAUUUGUACGCAGGACACAUUGCAUUGCAGCAGUGCACAGACACCGUCCAUCGGCGCACCGACGUCCUCGAAGUCGCCGCCUCGUCCUCUCGCCACGUGGACACCAUGGUGCACAUGAAGGCUACGACAGAUUCCAUCCCGUUCAGUCGGCUUGGAUUUCACUCGGACACGACUCAACCAGAUGUUGACCACAUCUCCGACCUCGAUCGCGACGUUGCCAACGAUUUGGCGAUUGCUUUAGCUCUUGAAGCCAACCAAGCAGUCGUGUAUCUGCCAAGCGAUACCCCAAAGUUCGUCAAGGAAAUGCUGUGGUUCCAUGAGAGUUGGGUCGACAUGAUCUCGCAUCAGCCUGCCAAGUGGCGCACGGACAUCGUUGUGUUCACAGACGGAGAUCUGCCCUUGUGGAACUACCUCAACUGCACGACAGCCAUCCGUGUGACGCCGGACGAGCCCAACCGGUGCAUCGUUGUCCAGGGGUACAAGAAAGUCAAGUCGGACACGUUCAACUACGGAUUCGCAGACUCGAUCAACGUGGUGGCCAUGGAGAGCGCCGCGACGGCGCCGUACGACUGGAUCCUGCGAACCGACAUCGACACGUUUUUCACGCCGGCGGUACUGCUUUGA